AUGACUUGGGUCAAGUUUGGGGUCUUUUGUAUUUCAAAAGAGUACCGCCUAAGGCUAACUCAUGUCGUGGAACAACUCGAAAACUUAAUCUUUUCAGCGCAAGAAUCGUGGGCCAUCUCCGUGGUGGCCAUUGCAGCCCUCAUCGGCAACUUCCCAGUGGUGCAAAUUGUAAACAAAGUCGGUAUUCGAACCGUAUUCGCAGCACUUGGUAUGCUUAGUGCCGUCUCUACACUUAUGAUACCCGCGGCUAUUAGGGCUGGAUUCUACUGGUUCCUAUUCGCUCGUCUUCUACAAGGAUUUGCUUUUUCUGGCAACUUCCCUGUGAUCGGAUCAUUUUGCGCUAAAUGGAGUUAUUUCAAACAGAGUGGCUUGUUUGUCUCUUGCUUGGUCGCCUACGUACAGUUGGCCCCAGCUCUCACUAUGCCUGCAUCAGGAGCUCUUUGCAGCGCCUUCAGGUAG